UACAGUAAGAGCGAAAAAUGGAAACAGACACCUCUGAUAUAUCCAGAAAUAUCAAUAAUACAUCUGGACUUCAAACACAGUCAGGGCGAGGAAGAAGGACAGGGUCAAAAGCGCAAGGAAACAGAUGUUUGGUGUUGCUCACAGUGAGUCUCGGGCUUGUUUGUAUUCUGCUGUUGAUCACCAUCAUUCUGCAGCACUUCAUGAUCACAGCAGAGAGAGAUAAGAUUAAGAGUUACAAGAGCACAGCUGAAGAAUUCAAUCAAACUAUGUACUGCUUACAUAGCAGAUACACUGAAGUAGAAGAGAAGAAACUGGAGUUAGAAAGCAAAGAUACUCCUUUGAGUAAUGAACUAAAGAAGGAUGCUUCCAAACAAGGAAACCUGUGUGCUGCAGAUGGAUUUUUCACCUCCAUUGAAAUGAAGAAUUGGUCUGACAGCAGACAGUUUUGCAGGGAUCAUGGUUUUGAUCUGCUCAUUAUCAAGAGUAAAGUGAAGCAGACCACCGUGUCUAAAUUUAUCAAGGAGAAGAUGGGUUUGACUGUGUGGAUUGGAUUGUCCGACAUAGAGAAAGAGGGCAGCAUGAAAUGGGUGGAUAAUUCACCACUGAAUAAUGGGUUUUGGAUCAAGGGUGAGCCAAAUGACCUAGCUGGAAAUGAAGACUGUGUUAUAAUGAAUCCAAGCUCCAUCCUGGAAAACUGGAAUGAUAUCCCAUGCUCAGAAAAGGGCAGGUUUCUUUGUGAAUAAUACACUUCAUUGUGUGUGGUCAUGAAUUUACUUGUAUUUAAAAACAAAGAUAAAAAGAUUCCUGUCUUUUAAAACCCUAAAACAUGCUCAAAUUCACCCUGUUAUGUUUAUAUUAUAAGGUUUGAGAAACUGCUUUUGAGUCAAAUUGCUUUAUCAUUGAAUAAAAUGACCAAUAACUAUUAACUCUUUCCCCGCCAGCGUUUAUGAAGUUGCCAGACACUGCCAGUAUUUUUGAUGACUUUCACUAAAAUGUUAUGGCCCCCAGAAUAUUUUGUUGUAUGCAUAUCUAAACAUGCUACACACCAAAAUAUAGAUC